AUGGAUGUUUUGAGAGGUAACUUAGCCAAACCGAACGAAUCAAUAACAAAAGGAGUUCCCGAAAAGUUCGUAAAGAUCGAUUUUGUACCGAAAGCGUUCGGCGAUGUUGGAAGAGCGACUUUGAAAUCAAAUAAUAUCACGGCAACGUUCAUCGGAGGAAGACGAUUUGGCAUAGGGUUGUACAUGGAAGCAAUCAAAGACCUGUUCUCAAACAUAAACAAUGAUGAUCUGAUUGUUUUUAACGUUCUCAUACACGAUAAUAAAAGGAAUCGUGUUCAAAGUAGAGAAUUCAAGGGAAACAUGAAAAAGGCGGAACAAUUUUAUCUAGCGAAAAUCAGUGAAUUCGUAAACUGGUUACAGGCUCAAAAGCCAAACGCAAAAGUCGUUUGGAGCACAUCCACAUCUUACAAGGAGCACAAAGUUCCAUCAGAGUUUCGGCGAUAUCAGCGAAAUACUCGCAUAUUAGAUAUAAAUAGAAAAGCGCGGGAUAUCUGGAGCGACGCCGGGUUCCCAGUCCUCGACGUUUUCCACGUUACGCUCGCGUGUCAAGCCAAAUCGUGCACUGAGGACGUGAUAAUGUUUUGGUGUUACAUCAUUGGAAAGGAAUGGGUAUGCGGGAACGACCUUGGUGAAGAGGCGGAUAUCAACUCGUUGUUUGGUUUCCGCAUCGAGUGCGUGGAACGGCUCGGUGAGCGAGUCGGCGAACACGCUUGGCGCAGAUUCAACGCACUUUUCGAAUGGCUCCAGUUAGCGGCGGUCAUCGAAGACAAGGUGUGUUGCAUGCACGGCGGCAUCGGUCCUUCGAUUGAAACCAUCGAACAAAUCGACCAGCUCGAACGCCCGUGUUCUAUGGAAUCCGGAGGAUUAGAACUCAUGGAUUUGCUCUGGUCGGAUCCGACUGAAAAUGAUUCCGUGGAAGGCUUGCGACCGAACGCGAGAGGUCCCGGCUUAGUGACGUUCGGCCCGGACCGCGUCAAACAGUUUUGCGAAAAUAACGGUUUACAAAUGAUUGUUCGAGCGCACGAGUGCGUCAUGGACGGCUUCGAACGUUUCGCGCAAGGCCAACUGUUGACGUUAUUCUCCGCGACGAACUACUGCGGGACGGCAAAUAACGCGGGUGCAAUUUUAGUUUUAGGACGCGAUUUAACGCUCUACCCGAAACUCAUCCACCCGUUACCACCGGAAGCGAUGGAUUCGGCUUCUCCCGGAGAAUUCGACCACGCGUUGUGGAUGCAAGAAAUCAACCGCGAACGUCCGCCGACGCCGCCGAGGAAAAAUAGCUUUUUCGGUAACUAA